CUCACGGACGCGGAGAUGGAAAGCCCAAGGCUGCUGUCGCUUCGAGGGACGCGACAGAGCGGCGGUGCUGGCAUUCCCGCGGGCGGCAACCGGGUCCACGGAGGCCCCGACCCGCGGGCUGGCCAGGUCCCCGCGCGCCGACUCCUGCUGCUCCGGGGCCUUCAAGAUGGCGGGCCCGGGAGGCGGCGCGAGGAGGCCAGCGCGGCCUCACGGGGCCCCGGCCCGAGCCCAUUGGCGCCGAGGCCAGAUUACGCUGGAGGCUGUGGCGGCGGCGGUGGCAGUGACUUUUUCCUGGUGCUGCUGGACCCAGUGGGUGGUGAUGUGGAGACCUCGGGAGCCCGCCAGGCCUCAGGGCCUGUACGAAAGGAGGAGGCCGAGUCGGGCCCACAGCUCCAGAAGGGUGAGAGUGGCGGCAACCCACUUGGCCGCCAGGCACUAGGGCCCCGCUGCCAGUCUGCGGUUCCCGCCCCAGCCCCGGCCCCAGCCCCAGUACCGGUUCCCUCCCCAGGCCUGGGACCAGCCAUGGCCUUCUCUAGCACCUUCACCAUCCGCAACCAAAACCUGCUUUUGCGCUUUGAGAAUGGUGUCCUCACCUUUGCCACGCCCCCGCCGGCAGCCUGGGAGCCUGGGGUCGCGCCUGUCCCUCAGUCUGGGGGUCUGAUGGCUCCGCAAGCAGGGGUCCUGCACGCAGCGCAGCCCAGCGACUGCCCAGAGCUGCCGCCCGACCUCCUGCUGGCGGAGCCGGCUGAACCGGCGCCCGCCCCGGCGCCUGAGGAGGAGGCAGAGAGCCGGGCAGCAGCUGAGAGCCCCCGCAGGCCGCUAGGCCCAGGCCCGGGGGUGGUGCUGUACCUGUGUCCCGAGGCCCAGUGCGGACAAACCUUUGCCAAGAAGCACCAGCUGAAGGUGCACCUGCUGACUCACAGCAGCAGCCAGGGCCAGCGGCCCUUCAAGUGCCCCCUGGGCGGCUGCGGCUGGACUUUCACCACCUCCUACAAGCUCAAGAGGCACCUGCAGUCGCACGACAAACUUCGGCCCUUUGGCUGCCCUGCGGAGGGCUGUGGCAAGAGCUUCACCACAGUAUAUAACCUCAAGGCACACAUGAAGGGCCAUGAGCAGGAGAACUCAUUCAAGUGCGAGGUGUGCGAGGAGAGCUUCCCUACACAGGCCAAACUCAGCGCCCACCAACGCAGCCAUUUCGAGCCCGAGAGGCCCUACCAGUGCGCGUUUUCCGGCUGCAAGAAGACAUUUAUCACAGUGAGUGCCCUAUUUUCCCAUAACCGUGCCCACUUCAGGGAACAGGAACUCUUCUCCUGCUCGUUUCCUGGCUGCAGCAAACAGUACGACAAGGCUUGUCGCCUGAAAAUUCACCUGCGGAGCCACACCGGUGAGAGACCUUUCCUUUGUGACUUUGACGGCUGUGGCUGGAACUUCACCAGCAUGUCCAAACUCUUAAGGCACAAAAGGAAGCACGAUGAUGACCGGAGGUUCAUGUGUCCUGUGGAAGGCUGUGGGAAAUCUUUCACGAGGGCCGAGCACCUGAAAGGUCACAGCAUAACCCACCUGGGCACAAAGCCUUUUGUGUGCCCUGUGGAAGGCUGCUGUGCCAGGUUCUCUGCUCGCAGUAGUCUCUACAUUCACUCCAAGAAACACUUGCAGGACGUGGACACUUGGAAAAGCCGUUGCCCAGUCUCUACUUGUAAUAAACUUUUCACAUCCAAGCACAGCAUGAAGACCCACAUGGCCAAAAGGCACAACCUCUGCCAGGAUCUCUUAGCUCAGCUAGAAGCUGCAAAUUCUCUUACCCCCAGCAGUGAACUUACUAGCCAGGGACAGAGUGAUCUCAGUGAUGCAGAGCUAGUGUCUCUCUUCUCUGAUGUGCCUGGCAGUAGUUCUGCUGCAGUGCUGGACACAGCACUGGUGAACUCUGGAAUCUUGACUAUUGAUGUGGCUUCUGUGAGUUCAACUCUGGCAGGGAACCUCCCUGCUAUUAAUAAUAACUCCUUAGGGCAGGCUGUGGACCCUCGGGCCUUGAUGGCCACCAGUGACCUUCCUCAAAGUCUGGAUACCUCUCUCUUUUUUGGAACGACAGCCUCUGGUUUUCAGCAGAGUCCUUUAGGUAUGGGUGAUUCCUCAAGUCUAAGUGUGGGGCCAUUGGCAUCUCUGGGCCCUUUGGCUAUGAAAAACUCGAGUCAAGAACCCCAAGCUUUGACCCCCAGCAGUAAGCUAACAGUGGACACGGAUGCUCUGACUCCUUCCAGCACCCUUUGUGAAAACAGUGUCUCAGAACUCCUGACGCCAACCAAAGCAGAAUGGAAUGUACAUCCUGACUCUGACUUCUUUGGACGGGAGGAAGAAACCCAGUUUGGAUUCUCCAAUCCAGCAGGAAACCAUGGUUCUCAGAAAGAAACAGAUCUUAUCACAGUGACUGGCAGCUCAUUUUUGGUAUGAACCAACUGUUAAUUCCUUGCCACAUGGAUUACUUUUUCUGGACUAAAUGUUUAAAUGCAGCCCUUUCUGACAAGUUUGGAAAGGGAAAGAUCCCGAGGCUGUAAGUUUGGAGAUUUAAAUUCUGAUCUUGACUCUGAAACUGACAAGUUGUGUGACCCUGAGCAAGUCACUUAACCAAUCUGAGCCUUAAUUUGCUUAUUUUCAAAUGAGGUGGUUUGAAUAGGUUAUUUCUAAGAUUUUUUUCAACUCUGUAUUUUCAUGAUUUUGUGCUCUUUCUAUUGCAUGUGCUUCUAAUGUAAUGAAAAUGUAUUGAGAGUUAAUGAUCAAAGAAUGCAGAACUGACAUUUAACUUUAAAAUUUCAAUUGAAAUUUUACAGAAUGUCAAAAUGUUUCCUAAAUCUAGUAAUAGAGUUUGAAAAAUGAACCCUAAAAAUAUGGGUUGGUUCUUUACACCUCCUCAUCCUUCUAGUUCCUUUCUUUCUUUCUUUACUUUCUUUUUCUUUUUUCUUUUCUUUCUUUCAUUUUUCUUUUUUUUUUUUUGAUGGAAGGUUAUGUUGUUGUGGCAGAGCUUUGAUAUGACUUAGACCCAGAAAUAUUGACUUUGCGGUGUUGAAUAAGUGGCCUUAAGUAAGUCAUUUAGCACCACCAAACCUCAGUUCCCUAGCUGUAAAAUGGUCAUUGUAAUGUUUACCUAUCUGUUGCAUUAUAGACUUAUUUUUCUAUCCCAGGGGUUCGUUUUGGAGGGUAAAAUGUUCUGUUUUGGCAUCUUUUGGGGAAUCUUUAUCACUUUUCCUGCCCCUCUAUUUCCUUCCUAAAAGAGGAGAAAUUAGCAUAAUUCAACAUUUGUGCAGGCAGUAAAGGUUUAUGAACAAUAAAAAGCAGGAAAUGCAAUCUCUUUCUUCCACAGAUUCAGAAGGAUUUUUCUCCAUAGAUCUUGUGUAAAGUUGCCUCCAGGUCCGUUUGUCUGAAUUACAGUAUCUUUGCUUUGCAUUCAAAGCCAGCUCAUUGAGUGAAAAAUAGAGCCCAUGAUUCCAAGAUAGUCUGGGAAUGGAUCAGAGUGACAUUUUCUCCCUCUGUGUCCCAGCGGGCUCAUUCCUUGCCUUCUCCCUGAGUUGGAAUGAGAGGUUUCAUUUGCAUUUUGAGUAAAUAUAAUCUGUCUUACAUGAGUAUAGCAUUUUAAAGUUUAUGUAUGUAGCACUUUCACAACUUAUAUUUGAGCCUCACAAUAUUGUGAGAUAGUUGGGACAAAGUUUUAACUAUAAUUUAAUUAAAAUUUACCUAACUCAAUGUCAACUCCCAUUUUAUUCUUCUGAGUUUCAUGAUCAUUUGUUUAUAACUACUUUUUCUGUUCCACCUUAAUUGAUGUCUGUUCCCUUCUACCAGCUCUACUCUCUCUCCACCCUGUUUGCUAGUAAGUGCAUAUCAUUCCUUGUAAUGAUCUUUUCUUUUAAAAUUUUAAUUACACAAGUCAUUUUCAUGGUCACCAUAUCUCAGCAUUCCCCUCAUGCCCCAUUUUUCAGUCACAAUAUUUACUGCAGAUCUGAAUAUACACUAAGAAAUUACAGUGUGUUUCUAUAUAAAUCAAAUGAUAAGAGGAUAUUUUUAUGUAAGGUUUUCGUGAGAAAUGUGCUUUUACUUUUCUAAGAUUUUUCUCCAUAUAGUUCUGCUAGCAAACACUAUUAGUUGCUCUGAAACAUUCUAACCCCAGUACUGCUUGCAUGUAGAUGUUUGUGGAUGACAAGAAUAGCACUUUGGCAGUGCACUUUAUAAUUUGCCACUUUGAAAAGCAACUGUAUUAUCUUUCUGGUUUUUAAAUUAGUUGUGCCCAUUCAGUGAAAAAGCAAGAAGUAUAUAUAUAUAUAAAUUUGUAAUUCAAAGAAGUGGUCAUAGUAUGUUUGUUUCUAACCAUUUAACAGUUCUCCCUCAGCACUUUGGAAGGAUUUUAAACCCAUUUUGGAAAUGGGUUGUCAUCAGUUAAGUCCUCUAUUUUUAAUGUUUAUUUAUUUUUGAGAGGGAGACCGAG